AUGGAUGGAAAAUCUCGAGUUGGCCAUCCUUCUAGAGAAUGGUUAGAUGAUAUCACAGAUUGUGAUACAGUCAUGAGUGUCGAAGAAGUGAAAUCAUCGAAAGAGAUCCAACAUAAGAAGGUGACCAUAAUUAAUAUUCCAGAAGUACCACCACUCAAUGGCAAUUGGAAGACGAUCGAUCUUGAUGCUUUGUAUGAUACCGAAAAACGUUAUUUGACCAAAUGUGAUUUGGAUGAUGUCUACAGAAUACUCGAAUCUUCAUCUAAUGGACUCACAGAUAACCAGAUCAACGAACGUCUCGCGAAAUUUGGUUCAAAUACAAUCGAACACAAAGAUCGUAAUCCGAUCAUUCAGUUCUUUCUUUUCAUGUGGAAUCCGCUUUCAUGGGUAAUGGAAGCUGCUGCUAUAGUGGCUAUUGCAUUAAGCAAUGGUGGUGGUGAACCUCCAGAUUGGCCAGAUUUUAUCGGCAUUGUUUUGCUUCUUCUUAUUAAUGCCACUAUUGGUUAUAUCGAAAAAUAUCGAGCUGGUAAUGCUGUUAAAGCAUUGAUGGCUUCCUUAGCACCGGAAUGUCGAGUGAAACGCAAUAAUGGUAUAUGGUCGACAAUACAGGCUAGGGAACUUGUUCCAGGUGAUAUUGUUGCUAUUAAAUUAGGAAAUAUAGUGCCGGCUGAUGCUCGAAUCGUGUCGUCACCUGGUGGAACAAUAUCUUUGGAUCAAGCAGCCCUCACUGGUGAAUCAUUACCUGCAUCCAAAACAAUCGGUGAUACAAUUCUUUCAUCGACCAUAUGCAAACAGGGCGAAUGCGAAGCAAUAAUCAUUGCUACUGGAAUAAAUACGGAAUUUGGACGUGCAGCAAAGAUUGUUGAUGGCGUAAGAGAUGAAGUAGGCCAUUUGCAGAUGAUCUUAGCCAAAAUUGGCAAUUUUUGCAUUGUUGGCAUCGCCAUUUUUAUCAUCGCCGAAAUCUUUGUCAUGUAUGUCGGAUUUCGCUACAGUUAUCGACAAGGAAUCAAUAAUAUUCUGGUUUUACUCAUUGGAGGAUUGCCGAUCGCUAUGCCAACCGUAUUAUCGGUCACUCUGGCUAUUGGUGCCAAAGAACUGUCCGCUCGUAAGGCAAUUGUCACUCGCAUUACAGCGAUUGAAGAGCUCGCUGCUGUAACCAUUCUCUGUUCCGAUAAAACUGGAACACUGACGCAGAACAAAUUAGUUAUUGAUAAAGAUACAAUUGUGAAAUAUACGGAUGUUGAACCAAAUGACAUCAUACGUUAUGCAGCCUAUGCAUGCAAUCAAGAAAAUUCCGAUGCAAUUGAUACAUGCGUAUUAGAUUCUUUUGGCAAAGCUGAUUCAAUAGACGAAAUGAUUAUCGUCAAAUCGUUUUGUCCGUUUGAUCCAACAACUAAACGAACAGAAGUGAUCUACCAAGAAAAAUCGAGCAUCAAAGUUAAAAUGAUUACGGGUGACCAGCUAGAAAUUGCCAAAGAGACAGGACGUCGUUUGGGCAUGGGUGAUGUAAUGUAUGUGUAUGAAGAUAUAAUCAAUUCGAAAGAUGGGCAACAAUCAUCCAUAGACGAAGACAAAAUCAAUGAAACAGUUCUCGAAGCAGAUGGGUUCGCCAGCGUCUUUCCCAACCAUAAAUUUGAAAUUGUGGAACGACUCCAAGAUAUGGGUCAUCUAGUGGCUAUGACUGGUGACGGAGUUAAUGAUGCUCCGGCUCUGGCCAAGGCCAAUGUUGGUGUGGCUGUAUCAGAUGCAUGUGAUGCAGCUCGAUCAGCUGCUGCUAUUGUUCUCACUGAACCGGGUCUUUCAAUCAUUAUCGAUGCAGUACACGAACGACCAACUCUCCUGUUGAUUGCUGCUUUUGUCAUCACGCAAUUGUGCACCACAUUGAUUGCUGUCUAUGCCAAUUGGACAUUUACCGAGAUCGUUGGCUGUGGAUGGGCUUGGGCAGGUAUUGUUUGGAUCUAUAAUCUCAUUUGUACGGCAGUUGAAAAUGCUUAA